AAGACAGCCAUAUUGUAUCCCCCAUGGCAGGUAACGAGGCUUAUGCUAGCGCCAUCGAGCGAGCAAAGCAGAUUGUUUCAAAAUUUUCUAUGUCCGAUGACGGGUCCACAACCAAUGGUGGCAUAGCUGGUAUGAAAAGACCUGCUCAGGACGAAAAUAACAAUUUUGCUACAACUGAAAAACGCCCCUUAGUAAUGGACAAAGUAGCUGCUGCUGCUGAGGCUGCCGCUCGAAUAAAUCAGAAGUUGGGUGGUUCACAACCAGCUGCAAAUCUUACGCCAACCUCAAAUAACAAUUCCGUUGGUUCAAGAGUUGUUACUACUGAAACUGCUAUCCCUGAUAGAUAUGUUGGCCUAGUUAUAGGAAAAGGUGGGGAGCAAAUAACACAACUUCAAAAUGACACACAAUGCAAAGUUCAAAUUUCCCAAGCCGGCACUCCUGAACGUACUGUAACGUUAACUGGGACACCGCAGCAAAUUGACCAUGCGAAACAAAUGAUUGGUGAUAUAAUAGAGCGUGCUGGUAAAAACGGCACACCAACUACCCCAGCAUAUAAUUCGACUGGCAGUAUAACAACCAUCGAAAUGAUGGUUCCCGGUCUGAAGGCAGGUUUAGUGAUCGGUAAAAAUGGUGAGACGAUCAAAAAUCUUCAAGAAGAAAAUGGAGUCAAAAUGGUUCUUAUCCAACAAUCAAACAAUCCAACUCCUGAGGACAAACCACUUAGAAUAUCUGGAGAACCUUCGCGAGUAGAAAAGGCACGCCAAGCUGUUCUUGUUCUAAUUAAUUCCCGAGAUCGCCCUGGUGGAUCCAUGCACUAUGGAUACGAUGGUCAGGAAACAUCGCAAUAUGCUGUUCCGGCUGAGAAAGCAGGACUUGUAAUUGGUAAAGGUGGGGAGUCGAUAAAAGAGAUUUGCCGCGUCAGUGGAGCCCACGUCGAAAUAUCUAAAGAACCACCACCGGAUCCCUCCAUCAAAAUAUUUAAUGUCCGCGGUAACCGACAAGAAAUAGAACAAGCCAUAAGGUAAUGCUCUUUGUUUGUGAUAGUAUCAGAUCCAUGUAAGCCUUUUGUGUAAUUGAUUAAACGUGUAUGUGCUUACUCCGAUUAUCAAAGCAAUAUUUUUCUAUUUGUUACUGUCUUUAUCAUUUCGGUAUAUGCCUAUUCGUGCCAUUCGUAUAUUCACUAUUCCCUGGUACUCAUUUCUCUGGAUGUCAAAUGGCGUUUAAAGAAUGAUCUCUGAGCGUGCUGGUAUUCCCAUGACUCGACCAGCUACUACCACCGGUGCUGUUCCUGGGCCUUGGGGUCAAUACGGCUACCCACAUGCAGGUAAGCUUAAUGUUUUUUGUUGACUGACUGACAGCUUUAGAAGCUGUGUCGCAGUCAGGGCUAGCUGCACUCAACCAAGCAGCGACAAUCGAUUAUUGGGCAUUGAGAGUGACUGGCUCAAACUGAUAUCGACGGCUCGAAGUUAACGAACAACACCAGCUGUAAGCCUAAAUGACGAUUCCCAUCUUUACGUUGUACUCGAUUUUUUUUAUUUGAUAAAUUAGCAUUCGAAACUGCUGGUGAUUGACACUACUGUUGGCUUUGGUUUCACUAUAGGAUAUUGUACUGGGUUUUCGACAGCUCCACAUUACUGGAGAUGAAAAGCCACUCGAUAAAUUUAGUCAAAAAAUAAGAUAGACUGGUACCGGGGCGGUCUUUCAUCUGAAUCGGUUAUGGCUGACACUAAUGUUUUACGUAUUUUUGUGUUUAUUUGUUCCAGAUCCGUGGACUAUGGCCAACUGUGCACAAAACGCUGUUGCAGCAGCUGCGAUGCCAGCUCCCACGUACAACCCGUACACUGGUCAACCCGACUACAGUGCAGCGUGGGCUGAAUACUACAGACGUCAAGGAAUGCAUGAGUGUGCCGAUGCCAUUUUACGACAGGCUCAACAACCCCCGGUAGCUGCUGUUCAGUCAGCUGCGCCAGUUCCCGCAGGCCACGUACAGGCUGCUCAAUCCGGCGCCCCUGCGGCUGCACCUUCCCAAGUUCCUGUUCAAGCACAGCCAACUGCUGCCGGACAGUACGAUUACGCUCAGUGGCAGCAAUGGCAACAAUGGCAAGCUUGGCAAGCAUGGCAACAGCAGCAAACAGGAGCACCAGGUCAACCUGGUGCUGGAGCUCCGGGACAGACUAUGCCAGGCACACAACCAAUACAAUGUGCUCCUAGCAUGCCUCCUGCUCCUGGCCAUCCUCCUAUUCCCCAACAAUAAACUUUGCUCCCUUUUCCUGAAGUAUAAGUUCAUGCCGUGUGACUAUUCCCGUUUUAUGUCUUCGUUUUUAAAUACACUUUCAGGUUACGCUGUUG